AUGGCCGGAGACAGCAAGGAUAGUGUUGACAGUCGAUCAACAAUUGAAAAUACACUGCAAGGUUUACAGAACGCAAAACAAUUUGCUUUUGACAUUGGCUUAAGUUUGGUUAAGAUUGCAUACUCAUCAACAGUUUCGCGGCCAGUAACUACCGUGGAUUGUAAGAUAAAAAAAAACGGUGCUGCUGGAAGGCGUCUUCAUUUUAUUCAAUUCCGUAUUGAAAAGUUCAAAGAGUGUCUCGAUUUCAUACAGAAGGAAUGUGCUUCAGUUUCAAGAAGGACAGCUGCAUGUGCAGGGGCUGGCACAAAUGAGUAUGAAAGGACUAUCGCUGAUGCCUUGCGAGUAGACAUUGUAUUUUUCUGUCAGGGUUUGAUGAGAAGACUUUCCAGGUUUAGGAAAGUGGACGAUAUGGAUUGUUUAGUUCGUGGGAAUAAUUUUUUGUUGAAUAACCUUUGUGACGAAGCAUUCACUUAUGAUCAUCACAGCGAAACUUGCAAAUAUUCUUUCGAAGCUAUUAACAAUAAGCCAAGUUUUCCGUAUCUGUUAGUGAACAUUGGGACUGGAACAUGCAUUUAUCGAGUUGAAAGUGAUGAGAAGUUUGAGCGUGUUGGGGGGAGUUCAAUUGGAGGCGGUUCAUUUUUUGGUCUCGGAAGUCUUCUCACAGAUAUAUUUGAUUUUGAUAUUCUUAUGCAAAUGGCCGAGGAGGGGGAUCACAGGAACAUGGAUGUUCUCGUUUCAGACAUUUAUGAAGGUCGCACUCGUAAACUUGGAUUAACUGAGGAUCUUAUCGCGGGUUCAUUUGGGAAGAUUGCAGUAUUGUAUUCAGAUUCAAAACCAGCUAAUCGGAUUUACUUUGGAGGUUUUUUUGUAAGGAAUCAUCCUAUCGUCAUGAGGACUCUAAGUUUUGCUGUUGAAUACUGGAGUAAGGGGAAAAUGCAGGCUCAAUUUUUACGCCAUGAAAGCUACACUGCCGUAAUAGGAGCAUUUCUAUUAGGUCUAGAAACGCACAAUGAAAAGUAUCCACAAGAUGCAGACAUGUCUUAUAAGUUUUCAUGGAAGGAGCAUUAUACUGGGAGUACCGAACUUGGGCGCUUCGUACCAACUGCCCCAUUGUCUUCUGGAUUUAAUGUGGGGGUUCUUGAGUUAGAAUGUUGCGACAUGAAGUUAUGUUCUUUUCCGUUAUUAAGAAAUUCGGUUGUUUAUUGUCCCGACACAGUGUCGUUAAACCACGAUCGCGAAGCAAGAGAGUUUUGGUUAUCGUGCAUGGCUGAUAGCAUUGAGAAGACAGUAUCGAAGGCUGUAGAGUCGCAGUUUAAUUGUUCAAAUGUGGAGGAGCGUGCCGAUUCGGUGAAAAAAAAAUAUCUCAGUUAUCUAACAAUACUGAGGGAGAAGCCAUUGUAUACAUUCCAUUUUAUCGCUUAUGGUUGCUGUAAUGUUCGGAAUUUACUAGAUUUGAGGGAGCAGCUACUGAACGAGUAUUACUUUGACGAUGCCUACUUACAUCAAAAAAGGGUUGAAAAUGAAAUGGCUUUAUGCGAAUUACACGAUGUUCUAGUAGAAGUAGAUCGUAUAGAGGACUCGAGAGAACGCCAAUAUACUGUGAUGAGAGGACUACUUGCUGGUAAUGUAUUUGACUGGGGCGCUAAGGAAGUCGUAAAGCGGUUAGAGAGUUCAAGUUGUCAGUUUACUUUUCAGUCUGCUACCGCUGCGUUACAAGAACGUAGGUGGUUAAUUGAUGAUCUUGAUGAAUGGCUUGACGCGUUCCAGAAAAAAAAGUAUCGCUGUGUUCUAUUAUUUGUUGACAACAGUGGAGCCGAUGUUGUUCUUGGCGUAAUACCUUUUGCUCGAGAGUUCUUAAAGUGUGGAACAAAGGUAAUCAUAGCUUGCAAUUCAUCUCCUGCCUUAAAUGAUAUCACGGCAUCGGAACUGACUGUUCUACUGGGAAGGAUUUCACAAAUAGAUAGCGUGUUAGCGGAAGCAUUGGAAGCUAAAUUGCUUUUAGUUUCUGACAAUGGUCAAGGGUCUCCAUGUUUAGACUUAAGGCGUGUGAAUUCAUCACUCUGUGAUUUAGCGACUAAGAGCGGUGUAGACUUAAUAGUUAUAGAAGGUAUGGGCCGUGCUAUUCAUACCAAUUUUGAAGCUGAAUUUACCUGUGAUUCUUUAAGGGUAGCUGUGAUCAAAACAAAGUGGUUGGCUGAUCGUUUAGGUGGUCGGUUAUUUUCAGUUGUUUGUAAAUUUCGUCAGGCACGUGACGCAGUGGAAUAG